AGGACAUCGCCUGAAGGAGGCGCUGUCGCGGUAGUGGCCUCCGAAGAAGGACCAGGAUGUCCUCGACGCUCUCUGUCGACACCGCGAACAAGAUCGUCAUCAAUGGCUGUGAUCUUGUGAAUCGUCACGAACUCUCCAGAACUCAGGAUCGUGAACUACAGCGUUUUAUAGAUAACAACGCCCAUAUACUUCGUUUUGAAGAGCGAGAGCUUCCAUCACCUGCAAGACGAAAACCGAGGUCAAAUUAUGCUUCAAUAAGCAGAAGCCUUAGCCAUGACUAUCCUAAUUCUUUUACUGGAUACAACAGGAGCGACCACACUCAAUUUUCUCCGAGAAAUGCUUCUUCUUAUCAACAAUAUAGCUCAUCAACAGGAGCCAUUCCGUUGAAGAAUCCGUUUGUGACUCCGAGUGGUCAGCCCGUCAAUUUUACCUCCGAUUUUCCCGAACUGGGCGAUGGAAGCCAUCUUGACGACGGAUUUGCCCCUCAGUACAAACCUGUUUCAAAUUAUGGAAAUUCCCCUUAUGGAACCUUAGCGUCAAGUAAUGACUAUAGUGGUUACCCCUACGGUACGAACUACUCGAAUGGAUACAGCGGUUACGGUACCAUGAAUUCGAAUAAUGGUUACUCUACCAUGGGCAGAGGAGGAAUUGCAAAACAUUCUCGACCGCCUAGUCCCUAUAACAGUAUGAAGAGGAAAGGGGUGAGUUGGUUGGAUCAAGAAAGAGCUCGAUCAUUGUCGCCGGCAAGAAGACAGCAACCGGUCGGAAUGUCUCAGUAUGGGAGUGCUGGAAAUCUGACCGGCUUCAGGGAUCGUACAGCUAGCCCGGCGUACUCUGCACUAGGAAGACAUAAGGACGACUACAAUCGCUUCGAGACCGCAAGACAUAAAGAAGCAAUGCGAAACGAACGUCAGAAAUCGGAAGAGAGUCGCUUUCAAGCUUAUGGUGACCGACCAGGAAGUGGAGUGGAAUUAUCCACGCAUCACUGGGAAGGUGGCGAAAUCAUAACGGACCCUAGCCAAUUGCCCAGAUCUUUAAAACCCCGUCGGUUAUACUAUUCUCCCAUUGGAGAUGGAACUGUAGCUGCUGACGGUAUUGAAUUGAAGAGGCGACCCGCUGACUUGUCACCUCGCGUCACUAUUACACAGGUGCAACACGUAGAUCGUGGUCACAAAGGACACGAUGGUUUGAAUGUCUAUGAAAAAAGUUGGACGAAUCCAUUAGGAUCUCAAGCGGGAAGUGAAGCUGGUUACGGUAGCGAAUUUGGCGGUGGACCUGGCAGUGGACGCAAUUCGCGCGCUGACGCUUUGAGCCCGUCCGGUGACCCAUAUGGGAAGGGACCACAUGGAGGUAGCGGUCCCUAUGGAGGCGGUCCUGGUGGCCCCGGAGGCCCCGGAGGCCAUGGCGGUGCAGGAGGAGGUCCGGGAGGUCCCGGAGGACCUGGAUAUGGAGCAGGAGGCGGUCCUGGCGCAGGAGGAGGUUACGGGGGCGGGCCUGGAACAGGAGAUGGAUACGGCGGCCCCGGUAGCGGUGGUUAUGGAGGCCCAGGUGGUGGUUACGGCGGCGGUCCUGGCAGUGGCCGACCUGGAAGUGGCCUAGGAGGGCGAGAUCCCUACGGGACGCUAGACUCGCGUUCCGGCCAUCCAUAUGGUUCCAAUGGAAAUCUUGGUCCGGGAAACGAUGGGAGAAUGAGCGUGGCAUCAUCGGUGUUCUCCGAUCCAUCCUAUCGUUUUGACACUAAAACCGGCUAUCUAAUCACAAAUCCACGAGAGCUAAUCCAUCAGUAUGCCACCACUACGCCGGUUGCUGUGAUGGAAGCAGCUGACAACACGCCUUCAACAACUACAAUCACAAAACAAAGUCUAUAUAGAAAAACAGAGGAAACAACUGAAGAGCGAUUCUCACCAUAUGCGCCAUACAAAGCCGCAUCCAAUGUGCCAUCACCGAACAAAUUCGUACGACAGCUUCGAGAUGACACGAUGACACAUACGCAACGUGAGGCAAAUACUCAUAUGGAUCCGCUGAAUCAACGUGAUGCACAUGCUGACCACCAAAGGAUCAACGAAGUCCGCACAAAAAGUAACAUUGUCAGGGGGCAUGACGACAUUGACAGUCUAACACAACAACUCGUACAUGGAUUACAAACAUCUUCACGAUUCUAAUCGAUUGCGAAUCCGAUCAUUGAAACUUCAGUGUUGCCUUAUAUAUACACGCAUUUUCUCCUAUUUUUGAAUUCUCAAAACAAAUAAUUUCUUCUCUUGAUUACUCAGACUUUAUACAGCACGAUUUCAUUUAUGCAUAUUCUGUCAGAUUCUGUCAGGCAUGUAUUAUUAGCCUCUAUACAUCUCUCGCUUCUCAUGUGCCUCAUAAGCUUGAUAUAUUCAAGUUUCCUACACGAAUAUCGAUCAUGAGAUUAUGUAUCGCUGAAAAAAAAAGAAAAAAACUGCAUUGUAUUGUACUUGCUUUAUGUCUGAAAACAACCCGAGUGUAUUUCAUGAAUUUUUGUAAACAGAGCAUUGAUGAGCAAAACCUCCUCUAUUUGUUCUCCUCUCAUUCUGUACUUCACAUGUUCAUCAUCUUCUUUUGAUUAUAUUCUGCACUGUGAAUAGUUAUUGCGAGCUGAGCUGCAAAUAAAUGCUGGAAUGGUGC